AUUUCUUAAGGUUAUAUUUCAGCUCUGCCAAUAAUGGAAAAGUCUCAUGCUUCUCUCUUUGUUUCUGAUGAGGAAGUUAAUGAUUUUUUUGAUAUUAUUUCUCAAAAUGCGCCUAACGAUAACCUGUCCUCUUGUUCGGAAUCAUUAUUUUUCCUUAAGAAGGAGGAAAUUGUGGGUCCCACUCAACCCUCUGAAAAUGUUAAUAAACCCGUAUCCCAGUUAGCAUCUCCCACUUUAUUAAAAAAUGUUUCCAGUGACUGUCGCGUUUAUACUAUGAACUCCAACGAAGUUCCGGAAGUUUCUUUAAGUUUAAAGCAAAUUUCUGAACAAUUUCCAUGUGAUAACAACUUCAACUUGCCUCCUGAAGUGCAGAGUUUUCUAGAACCUCAAGCACACAAUGACUUUAUAAAUGAACUAAGUGUUAAGAAUACUAAUAAACCACCUGAGGCCAGCUAUCAGAGUUUUCAAAGCGGGAGCUCCUCACCACCCUCUUUGUCCGAUUCUUCCAUAAAAAUGAGUUCUUUUGGAGUCAACUCCUCUAACUUUCACGACCUUGGUUUUUCUAUUAGCGGUAAGAACCUUACUACUAAAGAAAGGAAUCUUCCCCAUUCAACAGAUAACAGCAACAAAUCGGCCCUGACUCCAUCACCGGUUGAUUUUCAAGGGGUUGACUCUUCCCUACUCCCCUGUGGCCCGUUCCUCCAGCCACACUGGCACUACUUUGACCGCGCUUUAAACUCUUUCGUUCCUUUCAGCGUCUCCGAUUCCAAUAAACUGGAGCACAUCUACCUCUCUCACCAGCGGGGCGCUGUAGUAGCUGUUGAGGGUGAGAGGUACGACGUGGCUAUAGAUGACAGACUCAUGCAGUCCGUUUAUUGGCAGGAAGCUGACUCCAUGGUGCUGCGAGGCACUUGGUUCACCUAUAUCAAUGGCCAUGUCCAGCCAUAUUCAGAAGUCGUAGCAGCGUCUCUGGAGCUUGCUUUUUCAGAGGCGCUAUUAAACGACAACUGGCCCAAACGGGUGGACUUGGAGGGUGGACAGUACGUGAUGAUACACUCCGAAAAGGUGAUGGUCCACCAUUGGCCAGGUGGGGGAUACACAGCUGGAGUUUUAGCGCCGUCCACCACGUGCAUAGUCAUGCGGGGCUACGAUCGGCGCCACUCCCUCCUCGGAGAAGUGGUGGAACCAUCCCAUCUUUUCCUAGUAGUGGCUGGAAUUGGCGCCGAAAUGGGCUUUCAUAAGACCCAAUGCGUCAACGCCCUGCGGCACACUCUGCACCAAUUACAAGUGCAGCCAGAAACAGACGGUCGAUUCCCCCGUAUGGAGAUCCUUCCUAUUCAUUGGGGUAGCCAUUUCAAGCAACUGGACCGCAUAAGAGAAACCGCUGGAAUAUCUACCCCUCCCGGAAUUGAGAAGCUGAGAACCUUCAUGGCGGACGCGGUGGUCGAUCAAACUUUCAUGCUCUCCAGUCACUUUCAGUCAGUCAAAGAGGCCAUAGCGGCCGAGCUGAACCGUGUGCAUUUAUUGUUCUCCACUCGCCAUCCCAAUUUUAAAGGAGAAGUUUCCGUCAUUGGCCAUGGCAUAGGUGCCAUAGCCCUUUUUGAAAUACUGCUGACCCAACAAUUGCCUGCCCUCUCACCCGAACCUGCCUUGCGAGACACCUCUCUGCUGCCUUCCUUGGGCGAUGAGAUCACCUACCGGACAACUUCUUUGGCUUCUACAGACAACAAUUUGCUAGAAGUCAAAAGACUUUUCCUAAAAAGAGCAAGCCACAAAGGCACCAAGCCGCUGAAAUCUCACUUAAAGACGGCCAGCAUGGACAGCUUUCGGUCAACUGUCUUCAACGACAAAGCAGUUUUUUCUAAGCAUCCCUGUCACUUGGAUUUCUACCCUCAUUCUUUGGUGUGUCUCGGGUCCCCGUUGGGAUGGUAUUUGCGUGCCUCUGGUCACGAGCUCUCUCCCGCGUUCUACCUCCCGGCGUGCCGACAUGUUUAUAAUGUAUUUCAUCCGUUGGAUCCGUUUGCGUGUCGACUUGAGCCGCUGAUACAACCGGAAUACAUUAACGUUCCGCCGGUGCAGAUCCCUCACCACAAAGGCAGAAAACGCCUUCACUUGGAGCUAAAAGAUUUUGGAAGUAGCUUAAUAGCGUCUCUGUGGUCCUGGUACAACGCACUGAGCCAAGACAUAAUAGAAUCGGAACCCACUCUUGAGGAGGGUGAAGAGAAGACCGCUCCUUCCAACUUUGAUCACUUUAGUUCGGAAAUGAACGCGCAAUGCCGCAUCGAUUUUGUAUUGCAGGAAAGUCCCAUUGAGAUCACCCGAUGUGGCUCUAUUUUUGGUCGCGCAUGCCUCUCAUGGAUGACCAGUUUGGCCAAGCUGGACUGCCGCCUAGAUGGUUUGUGGUCUACUCUCCCGGAAAUGGCUUCGUACUUGGACGGCUCCGUCUGCCAUGCCAGGUGGGACUCCGGCAUCUGGUUGAGCAUAUCAACAACUGUCUGAUUGGAUAUCCCAAAGAAACCGGGCCCAGCUCCCAAGUGUUUGACGUCUCUCCGCUUGGCCUUCACAUACAAUAAUAACAGAUAUGUCAGUAAUAAAGUAGGAAACGAAACCCUGUUUAUGUUAA